UCAGCUGAUGUUACUCGUAGAGGAGUAGCCUACCUGUCAAAUUUGACAGGUGGGCCACGCCUCUCGCCGUCACUCUGCCGCUUGAGUACGCUGUCCCAGGUUGUGGAAAGCAUGUAGGCCCCCUCGUCCCGGUUCAUUGUUGUUUGCGCUCGUUUUCUGAUCUCCACUGCCUCCAUUAUCCAGCGCUGCUAUUGGCUGACCUGUCAAAUUUGACAGGUAGGCUACGCCUCUACGAGUAACAUCAGCUGAUAGACACGUCACACACCACCUAGUGACACCUCUGAUGAAGGCGGAAGCAUACCGCCGAAACAUGUAAGGAAGCAAAAGUUUUUCCAGUCAAUAUUUGCACGGAGUGGAUUUUUUUCAGCCCACAGCCGUCCCAUGGGCUUCAGGAGAAAACACACAUGAGAGGAUCUGUGACUGUCCGUGCUGCAUACUUGACUUCUGCUCUUGCUGUGCUUGGCUGAAAGAUGGCUCGGCAGAGCAGAGCACCUUUCCUCAUGUCUCUCUCUGUCCUGCUGCUUGUCUGUGACUGUCACCCUCGCAUCGUUGUGGAUUCAAUGCCUGAGUCCAACAAUGCCUCGUGGAAAGGCUCAGACAGUGCAGCAGAGGUGGCAGGCUAUGUUGAUGUGGCCAAGCGGAUCAUUGACCUGGCCUUGUUCGGAGCUGCCCAGAACCGUUCCUACAGACGGCUGGCCGACUUCACUGACACCAUAGGGAACCGCGUCAGUGGCUCAAAAAACCUCGAGAAGGCCAUCAACUACAUGUAUGAUGCUAUGAGACAGGACGGGCUGGACGUACAUCUGGAGCCAGUCAAGAUCCCCCACUGGGUGAGAGGAGAGGAGAGCGCAGAGAUGAUUGAGCCCAGACCCAAACAUCUGGCUAUGCUUGGACUGGGCAGCAGCGUCGGGACCCCACCUGAAGGUAUCACGGCUGAGGUAUUGGUGGUCCAGUCAUUUGAGGAGCUGAAGCGUAGAGCCGGCGAGGCCGCAGGGAAGAUUGUGGUCUUUAACCAGCCGUUUGUCAGCUACUCUGAGACAGUGGCUUAUCGGGCGUUUGGUGCCUCCGAGGCUGCCAAAGUUGGAGCUUUAGCCACACUCAUCAGAUCCAUCACUCCAUUCUCGAUCAACAGUCCCCACACAGGCUGGCAGGACUACCAAAAUGGGGUGAAGCAGAUUCCCACAGCCUGUAUCACAGUGGAGGACGCAGAGCUGAUGGCUCGCAUGGCGCAGAGGGGACAGAGGAUCGUGGUCAGGCUCACCAUGGGGGCCAAGACUCUGCCGGAUGCCGACUCCUUCAACACUGUGGCUGAGAUUAAAGGCUGGCAGCACCCUGAGCAGGUUGUCUUGCUGAGUGGACAUUUGGACAGCUGGGAUGUGGGCCAGGGCGCCAUGGACGAUGGAGGAGGAGCCAUGAUUUCCUGGGAGGCCCUCUCACUCAUCAAAGACCUACGUUUGCGUCCAAGGAGAACUCUGAGAGUGGUGCUGUGGACGGCUGAGGAGCAGGGCGGGGUCGGAGCACAGCAAUACUAUAAUCUGCACAAGGUGAAUGUGUCCAACUUUGACCUGGUCAUGGAAUCGGACUUGGGGACGUUCACUCCGCUGGCUCUGCAGUUCACUGGCAGCGACGCAGCACGGAUGGUGAUGGAGGAAGUGGUCAAACUGCUGGCUCCCAUUAAUGUGACCCGCCUGGAGUCACAUGGAGAGGGGACAGACAUCUCACCCUGGAUGGAAACAGGUGUACCAGGUGCCAGCCUCCAUGUGGCGGACGAUAGGUAUUUUUGGUUUCACCACACUGAGGGUGACACCAUGACCGUUCAGGACCCUCGGGAGAUGGACCUCUGCUCGGCAUUGUGGGCCGUGGUCGCUUAUGUUGUUGCAGACCUGCAGGAAAUGCUCCCCAGAUAGCCAAUCAGCACCCAGGAUGCUGGCCAUGUGGUGAUUUGUGAGGCACGCUGAUGAAGUGAGGCCGGAUGCACUUGGGCUGAACUUUUAGUUGAAUUUCUCAUGAAGCUUUCAAAUCCUCUUUUAUAGAACUGCUUCAGAAUGAGUGGUGAGACAUUAGAAAACGACUUUAUUUAUAUUGUGAAAUCACUGAACUGAAAAUUAAUCAUCAUCAUGCUUUCUUUCUUGCAAUCAUGAAUGUUUAAGAUGGAUAUUACACAACUACGAAAGGAUGACUGUCACGAAAGACAAUAAAAGCCUUGUCUAAUGUGGU